AUAGUUGGUCCCAACUGGUUUAUGACAAUUUCUAGCUAGUCAAAAUUCUAUGUGGAAUGAGUUAACGUAUGCAUCGAGAUUAGUAUAUGACCGACACACAUACGUUAAGUGAAAUCAAUAUGACGGAUCAACACGCAUAUGAGAUGGAAAAGAUUUAACUUGACCCACCACCUAUAUUUGUUUACUAAUAAAUCCACCAAAAUUUUCCCACUUGGCGAGCUACCUGUAAGGUAUUUGGGAGUGCCACUACUUUCAGGUAAGCUGACUUCUGUUAAUUGCCAAUGUUUAGUUGACAAGAUCACAAACCAGAUCACAAGCUGGCAAGCUAGGACCUUGAGUUAUGCGGGGAAGCUCCAGUUGAUUGAAUUUGUUAGCAUUAGUGUUUUCAGUAUUGGAUGUCAGUUUUUCUGCUUCCAAUGAAGGUAUUAAAGAUGAUUGAGGAUGCUUGCAAUAAGUUUUUGUGGGAUGUUGAUGGUGACAAGAGGAAGAAAGCAUGGUCGGAGAUUGUUCUCCCGAGACAAGAAGGAGGUUUAGGCAUCAAAGACUUUAAAAAUUGGAACAAGGCUUGUGUAAUUCGCCAUUUGUGGAAUCUGUUGGCCGAGGCUAGGGGUCUUUUGUGGGUGGCGUGGAUGAAUCGAUAUAGAAUUAAAGGAAGGAAUUUAUGGCUCCUUUCGACUAGCUCUGUGAGUUCAUGGGUUUGGAGGAAAAUUCUGAAGUGCAGAAGUAAAGCUCAGUCUCUUGUCAUUGGUUCAGGGGCUCCCCUAUUUGGAGACGGUUCGUUUGGGCGAGCAGUGCUCAAGUUAAUUUUGCAGGAUGUUUGUGCAUUCGCUGAGUUUGCAGAUUGGAGUCCCCAGUUGCAGUGGGCUGAACAACAGUGGGUGAUGUCGAGUGAUAAGGCUGUUGUUGGCUGUUCGAGGGAAAGGAACUCCAGGUUGCAUGGAAGUUCACGAGUAGGGAUGGCAAUUUCGACCUGACCCGUUUUACCCGACCUGUUUGACCUGUUUUGGGGCGGGUCCGACCCGCCUCGUAGGCGGGGCGGGGCGGGCAUGGGUAGUCUCAUCGACCCGACCUGCCCUGACCCGCCCCAUUCUCGACCCAUUCUUGUCUAAAUCACAUGUAAUCUUAGUCAAAUUACUGAGAAUUUUCCUUUUAUUGUAUCAUAUUUUAGCUAUAAUAAAGUUGUAAAUUAGUAAAAAUCUCAAUUUCUCCAAUAAUUUAACUACAAUUGU